AUGGAUGGCUUUUUCCCUCUCCCGCUCUUGUCUGGAAAGUGUGACAUUAUUAACAAUGCAUUAAUUUGUAUCUAUUAUGUUCGCCAGUGGCAUAUCAAAUUCCUCUUUGUUGAGCAUUCCGUUUAUUGCCGGUACCUCUGUUCCAGUCCAGUUGCUGUUUUAGGGAAUGAUGUUGUACAUGCGCUAGCCAUCUCAGAUUCAGAAUCCGGGAAGAUAUUCAUCUACGACGGCAAAGGCGAAGAUAAAUCACUGCAUGUUUUGGAUAAACUUCAUUCGAAGCCCAUAAAGCUUAUCGAAUACAACUCUCGUUUUGACUGUGUUAUUUCUGUCGAUGUUAUGGGAAUGUUGGAAUAUUGGUCCGGGCCAAAAUGCGAUUACGAAUUUCCAAGUAAUGUGAAGUGGAAGUACAAAACAGACACUGACCUCUACGAAUUUGUUAAAGUGACGCUUUGUUUUUAUUAUGCGUUUUUUGCAGUUAUGCGAUACAGAAAACGCAUAUUGACGAAAGGUUGUUUGUGUGUGCGUCUGUUGCGGUUUUUCAUCUCAAGAUUUACAAAAGUUGCAGGGCUGAAACUUUGGGAACUUAAUCUACAUGCACGUACGGACCCAGUCCCCAGAAUGGGCAGUUUCACCCGCGUAGUACCUACGUAAGA